AAGUUGGGGGUGCACGAGGGCAUACAUUCAAACUACCAGUCUGCAUCAUGCCUAUCACUAUCUGGAAAAUAUUUCUUGUUUAUUUCAGCAUACUGGUGGGAUUUUGCUGCUGUUUCCGUAACGAUGUGAACUCCGAAGACAAUCCUGAUAUUCCCGCAAUCGCCAAAUAUUUCAGCACGAAAGGAAGGUAUGAGGAAGUGAAUCCGUAUCUCAUAGAGGACAUUCUGGCUGUAAACAGAUCUGUUUUACAGCCUCCAUCCUCACAAUGUCAAGAAAUCCAUCUGACCGCGAUAAUAAGACACGGGACGCGGUACCCCACGGUGAAAAACGUGAAGAAAAUGCAGAAACUUUACGAGCUGGUGCAGAGCAGCGCCUCAGGUAAGGAGAGCUGGCUGCGUGAGAUCCAGACCCAGUGGACGAUGUGGUACACCGAAGACAUGGACGGUCGACUAGUCCAGAAGGGAGUGAACGAUCACAAGCAUCUGGCUGUCAGGCUGUCAAAGCUGUUCCCAUCACUGAUCUCAGAGGAGAAACUCCGAGGUGGACUCAUCAAUUUCAUAACCAGCUCAAAGCACAGGUGUGUCAACAGCACACUGUCCUUCAAGGCAGGACUGACAGAGCUGUGGGCCAUCAAAGAUAGGGAGUUUGAGCAUGCAGUGAACGAUGCCCUCAUGAGGUUUUUCGAUCAGUGCACGAGAUUUGUGGAGGAGGUUGAUAACAACCCGUCUGCUUUGUCAGAGGUUGACAAGUUCAAGCAGGGGCCAGAGAUGAGGAGGGUCCAGGAGAAGAUCGCAGACCGUCUUGGGGUGCCUUAUAAUACCAUAUCAGACGAUAUGGCUGAAGCUGCCUUUUACCUGUGUGCUUAUGAGUUUGCUAUCAAGACUGUAAACUCCCCCUGGUGUCGGCUUUUUGACGAAGUUGAUGCACAGGUGAUGGAGUACGCAAAUGACCUAAAACAGUUCUGGAAACGAGGCUACGGUUAUGAUAUCAACAGUAAGUCCAGCUGCAUCCUCUUCCAUGAUGUGUUCAGUCGACUGGACAAAGCAGCCGCAGAGAACAAGUCUGGCCAGCAGGUGACAGAAGCAGUGACAGUCCAGGUGGGCCAUGCAGAGACCCUCCUGCCCCUUCUCACCCUCCUGGGCUUCUCCAAAGACAAAGUUGCCCUAACUUCCUCUAACUACGCCACACAGACUCAACGCUCCUUCCGCACCAGCCACACACUACCCUAUGCUGCUAACUUACUCCUGGUGCUGUACGACUGUGGGGAUGGCGACCUGAGACUGCAGCCGCUGCUCAACGAGAAGGCUGUGACUUUCCCCGGUUUGACUCAGGCCUCCAUACCUCUCUAUGAAGAAGUGAGAGGGCGCUACAGGGAACUGCUCCAAGGCUGUGACUUUGAGACUGAGUGUCAGCUGUUCUAAAACCCUGCUUAGGGUAGCUUGGAAUGGGAGACAUAAUUGGGGCUUCAUUAAGUUUUAACUGCAAAAAGGGGAAUUUUGGUGCUUAUGGGAUAACUGUAGGCUGAAAGCUUCUACUAUGCAAGCAUUAACGUAUCAGUAUUGAUGUUGCCUUUGUAGUAAUACUAUUACAGAAUGGCUUCUACAGUAUUUUUACAGUUCUACUCGUAGUUAUUGCACAAGUAAGAGCAGGUUUCAUUUUUCAGUGUACAUAUUUUAUGCAUCAUGCACAGGAAGUCUGACAUCCUGAUGCAUCACUUUACUGUUUUGUAAUCCUCAGCAAGCACUGAAAUGUUUCAUUAAGUAUGCCGCAAUUUGGAAA